AUGGCCGCCAUUCCGUUGGCCUCCGCCGCCAAGUCGUCGGUGGCCCAGGACCUGAGUGAUAUGAGCGUAGGCGGAGCAGCAGGCCGGUCGACGGUGCGCCUUCCUGGUCACUCCGCCAAGAACAGGGCGAGCGGCGGGGCCGCCGCGGCGCUGGCGGUGGCGGCCGGCGAGCUCGCGCCCGAGGAUCACUCGCGCGUCCUCUGGUUCCUGGCGUCCUUCGUCGCCCAGAAGCGGAAGGAGAGCAGCAAGGCCCUGAGCGUGCUGAAGGCGCUCUUCGCCGACGGCGCGGCGCCCUCGUGGAGGGAGGCAGCGCACGGCGACAGAGACCUGCUCAGAGCCCUCCACGGCGUGCACGCCAGGGCGCCCCAGCUCGUCGGCGGGGCCGUCGGCGACGACGCGCCGAGCCCAGCAGCGGGCCCACCGGCGACGUCCCUCGGGCCCGACGGCGAUGACGCUGGGGCGGCCGAGGCAUCCUCGGCCGCUGAGCAGCCGCCGCUGGACUCGCCCAUAGUGGAGGAGCCACCUUCGCCGGAGGCGGCGACCCCCGCCGCGGCGGGCCCAGAGACUGCGGCCGCCGGGUAUCCCCCAGCCGCCACAGCGGACGGUCCGCAGCUGCCCCUCGUGCGGCAGGAGACCACGUCCUCGGUGUUCAACCUCGACGUUGCAGACUCUGCGACGGCCCAGUUGAUGCGCCAGAGCUUUGAGAUGAUGGCGUCGCUGGACUACGAGGUGGACGGCAGAAACCUCGAGCAGGCCCAGGCCGCCUUCCGCGAGCUCAAGCGGGCGGCCAACCGCGCGAGGUUCCGCCAGGACCGCUUGCGAAGCCCAAGCCCAAGGCGAAGCAACGAGGAAGACGAGGACGACUACCUCGCAGGCGUGCUGCGAGACACCAGGUGGGACCCCCAGCGCGUGCUGAAGUUCCUGUUCAAGCUGCAGAAGGCGCGGCAGAUCCUCCGCAACCAGGCCCGGGACCUGGCGGUCGUGCUGACGCAGAUCUCCGCCUCCGUCUGCGAGCACGCCCGCUCGGACGUCCUCUUCUCCCGAUGGCUGGGGACGCACAGGGGCCCGGGCGAGACCAAGGCGGCCACCGUAUCCUACGGCCUCGCCUCCGCCCUGAAGCUGGCGACGUGGCACGCGGCCGCCCACUUCGUCAGCAGGCGGAGGGACCAGAAGGAGGGCGAGGCGCAAGGGCACCUGAGAACGUGGGAGAGGCACAAGGCCCGGGUCCUCAAGGCGAAGGACGUGGAGUUCGAGGAGGCCCCGCUGAAGCUGCUCCUUGAGGCAGCCUUCGCCGCCGCGGAGCACUGCGUGUCCUGGCGCUUCCCGGACAGCGAGACCGGCCUGUUCGCCAAGCGCGGCCUCUUGCAGAACGGCCUGGGGGCCAUCACCGGCAGGGAGGACUUCGGGCCUCAGAAGGACCUCUUCUUCAGUCUGUUCGACCAGCUUCUGAAGCUCGAGCUGAUGACAGACGACCUGCAUGGGGACCUCAGGUGGAUGCUUUGGAAUCUGGCAUGGGGCUGCGCGAACAAGGCGAAGGGCCUCGGCUGGGGUGGCCCGGCCAGGGAGGCGCUCGUGCGCGCGGAGCGGCACUUCCAGCGCGCCCACCGCGGCGAGAGCCAGUGGCGGGGCGUGAACCUCGGCGGCUGGUUCCUGCUGGAGCCCGGGCCGUGCACCAGCUUCUGGCACUCCCUGCCCCGGGCAGUGCCAAGGGAGGCGAGCUGCGAGUGGAGCUGCUGCGAGGCCCUGGGCGGCGACGCGGCCCGGAGGCUGACGGAGCACCGGCGGAACUACUUCACCGCGGAGGACUUCAAGGCCAUGAAGGCCCAGAGGCUCACGCACGUGCGCCUGCCCUUCGGCGCCUGGUGCGUGGACGGCCCGAGGCCCGGGGAGCCGUACGUGGGGCCCUGCCUGGAGCUGCUGGACUGGGCGCUGGACGCGCUGGAGGGCGAGGGCCUGAUGGUCCUGCUGGACCUCCACGGGUGCGUCGGCGGCGAGAGCGGGGGCGCGCCCUGCGGCCACAGGCACGACGGCUGGCAGCCGGGGAGCUGGGACCGGAAGGCGUCGCUGAGGGUGCUGGAGAAGGUGGCCAAGAGAUACGCCGGGCGCGUGGGCAUCUGCGGCAUAGCGGUGUGCAACGAGCCCUCCGAGAAGGUGCCCGCGCGGGAGCUCGCGGAGUAUUACAAGAAUGCCAUACAAAUCAUCAGACAAGCAGGUAUGCGCGCUGGCGAGGUCGUGGUGGUUCUGCCGGUCUUCACCGAGAGCCGGAAGGACGAGCUCCUGGAGCAGUGGUCGCAGAACUACCUGGAGUUCGAGGACUGCAUCUUCGACCUGCACCUGUACCAGUGCUUCGGCAUGGGGUGGAACUUGUUGCCGGAAUCGCAGCACCUGAACAGGGCCAAGGCGCGCAGGCACCUGCUGCAGUCCCUGCCGGCCUGCACGGUGGGCGAGUGGUCGCUGCAGCUCCCGGGCAAGGCGGCGGACGUGACUCCCUUCGACAGGACCAGAAGAAGGUGCUCCUCGAGCGCUUCGCGGGCGCGCAGCUGGAUGCGUACGAGUGGGCCACGCACGGGUGGUUCCCGCUCGAGGACUCGGCGGGCGUCCAGUGGAGCAUGCGGGACUGCCUGGAGGACGGCUUGGUGCAGGUGCCCGAGGGCGGGCGCAGCGGGACCGUCGUGA